UUAAUUGAAUAGAAAAAUAAAUAAAAUAAUAAUAAAAAUUCAAUAGAACAAAGGAAUUUUCAGAAUUAUAAGAAUUUAUUUAUGUUCAAUUCAUUCUUCAUCCAAAUUUGAUGAGGAUUUUUUCCUUCAUACUCGUCAUCCAAAACUGCCUUGCCAUUCAAGAUCAAACUCGUCUGUCACUGGGUACUUGUCAGGGAAAUCCUGGAAGAUUAGAUAAGCUCUCUGUAUCUUAGAAGCAUUAAAAAUCUUCUCUACACUACAUAGAAAUGGAUAUAUGUUCAUAUCAAACUACUGCCAGGUUGAACCAAGCGCUUGCGAGUUGGGUGAGUGUGUGUGGUCUUCAUCAAACUGUUGCAUCACUCUAAGCAGUUUUUCAGCAUAUAUAAUCUGAUCUGUGCAUCUUUCUGAAUAUAUCUGGACAUUUAAAGCAUACCUAAAACAUAUAAAAUAUAAUGUUUUGUGUUAAUCAAAGAAGAUAAAGAUUAAAAACUUUGUUAGGAAACCCGUCUUUUAAGCUCGUUAUUUUGGUGGUUACAAAUUUAUAUUAUUUAUUUUUAUUUUUUUUGUUGGUUACAAUUUAUAUAACCCGAAAACCCUAGAAAACCCUAUAUUACCAACCAUACCUUGUGAUCUCGUGUCUAUUAAACUAGAAAGCAAGUCGAGAUAUCUGUUAGGGCAUCAGUCAUGAAACGCAAGCAAAUAGAUCAUAUCCCUCUUGAUCUACUUGUCGAGAUUCUCAUCAGAUUACCAGCAAAGUCUCUUAUCAAGUUCAAAACCGUUUCCAAGAUAUGGUUGUCCAUUAUCCUGAGCCGUGUAUUCAUCGAUUCCUUCGUAUCCAUCUCCUCGACACGGUCGCGUUUUUUAGUAGCUUUCAACAACGGUGUCUUCGCCAAGCGUGGGGAGAAACGUUUGUUCUUCUUCUCCUCUUCACAGGAGGGACCUGAAUCUGCUAAUCACUACAUGACACUGCGUAACCUCGAUGUUUCUACUCUCAUUGGGUCUUGUGCUUCCGUCCAUGGCUUUAUGGGUUGUCAAAUUUCACCUAGGUACAUGAUCUGUAAUCCUAGCACCAGACAAGUCAUCCUCUUACCCACCUUACCCAUCUCACCCGAACGUCAUCCCUCUCCCGAUAUUAGAGGCACAUGCUUGGGUUAUGAUCCUGUCUCUGAUCAAUUCAAAGCUUUGUCCCUCAUUUCUUCUCGCCUACGUAAUCAUGACCAUGUAGAGCACCUUGUGUUAACUCUAAAAGGUGACAAAAGAAAAUAUUCAUGGAGGCAGAUCCAAGGUAACUACUACAGCAUACCACCUUAUUCACCUGUAACUAUGAGAGUAUGCAUCAGAGGGAAAGUGUAUUAUGGUGCUUGGACUCCUAAAUUUGGUAUGGAACCAGUGAUUGUUUGUUUUGAUGUUAGAUCUGAGAAGCUAACUUUUAUCAAAGCACCUAGCAGAGAUGUCCUUUUCUGGCAGUCUGAUUCCCUUUUACUGGAAUACAAAGGGAAGCUAGCCUCCAUUGUUAGAUACCCUUUUGAUAUUUUCGAUAGUUUUGAUUUGUGGAUACUAGAGGAUGUUGAAAAACAUGAAUGGUCAAAGCAGACAUGCGCGUUUCCGCUCUCGUGGUGGGAUUCUGUUUCGUCUUUAAAAAUGUCCUUUCCUGGGACCAACAAGGCUGGUGAGCUCAUUUUAGCACCAAGAUACUUGGACCACCAAGUUGGACCCUACUACAUUUUCUAUUACAAUGUAGAAACAAAUAACAUCAGAAGAGUUAGGCUCCAAGGAAUUGCUGAUGAUGAAGAGUUUAGGCACUCUUAUGGAUUUGGAAAAACAAUUCGUGAAUCUCAUGCUGUCUACAUUACACCGGAACAUGUCGAAAAUCUAAGAGUUUUGUAAUGUUCCUUUUUAGUAUUAUUCAAGGAUAUCCUCUGUUAUAAAGUUAGUUUUUUUCUUUUUAUUAAUUGCACCCGUCUACAAAAUAUAUAUAUAAAUUGUGCGUCUGACACCAAGGAUGAGGUUGUGUUUUUUAGACUCACACGAAGUGUUUACCAUUGAUCAGAUAAAGGAUGCUCUAUGUUGCUACCAGCUUUCUGACCAUCUAUUAUCAUUUUGUGAUCCUAGAGUUGAUAGAAGGUUCGUUGUGAUUUCAGUUGCACCAAAGAGAAGCUCUGAUGUUGCUAUAGGUGCAUAUAAUGCAAGUCUUCGCAUUACCACCGAGCGGAGGCUGAAGACUUGGAGUGAGCUUUCUAUCUCUGUUCGGAAUAUGUGCCCUAUAAUAAAUAAAU